CCAACACGUACUGACCGACCACAGAGCCACCAACAAUAUCAACAAACGGCUGCUUACACGCCCCGAGCGCACUUACAUCAAGUUUGCUCCAAGUCGGUAAACGCGAAGACCCAGCGCGCGUCGACUCACCUCACCCUUGUUCGUGGCGACCCUUCCCCGCCGUCCUAUAUCGACACGGCCAGGCUUCUGCCUCGCCGCACGAGCAACUUAGCGGACACGUAGUGCUCGCGCGUCCUCUGUCACUCCUCGUGUGACACGUCUUGCUGCAACUCUAUCGUCUUUCCUUCCCCGUGUAAACCGCGUUACAAUGGCCACCAACGCCAACCACCAGCCAAACCAGUUCACGACCGACGAAUAUGUCCUCGCCUACCAUGGACCACUCCUCUACGAGGCUCGUAUUCUUCUUGCCGAGAACUGGAACGAGUCCAACACUCUCUUAGGGUCUACAGGGCCUCACUACUUCAUCCACUACAAGGGAUGGAAGCAGACGUGGGACGAAUGGGUGCCGGAGAUGCGUCUCCUAAAGUUGAACGAGGCCGGGUUCGCAAAACGCCGGGCGCUGCUCGAGGCGCAGACGAAGAAGAACCGUCCUCAGCCACCCCCUUCGGUUGAGAGCCCCGCUCCAUCUGUCAAGGGCAAGGAGACCAAGCCGGUGAAGAAGGGCGAGGGAAGUCGGAAGCGCGGGCGCGACACUGGACUUGACACGGAGGCCGAGUUCUUGAAGAGACCAGAGGUCAAGAUCAUCAUCCCCGACGUGCUCAAGCUCCAGUUGGUAGACGACUGGGAGAACGUGACCAAGAACAACCAGCUUGUCACUCUGCCGCGCAAGCCAAAUGUCCACGAGCUGCUCGAGGAGUACAGGGAAUACGUCAACUCGACGAAGAAGGAGCGCUCUGCUCGCUCGACCGCCCUCUUAUCAGAGAUCAUAGCCGGCAUCACACUCUACUUUGACAAGGCCCUGGGCAACAACCUGCUGUACCGGUUCGAGCGCGCACAAUACGUCGAGCAGCGGCGCGCAGCAGGAGACAAGCCAAUGAGCGAGAUCUACGGCGCCGAGCACCUCCUGCGCCUCUUCGUCAAUUUUGGCCCAUUUAUCGCCUACACCAACAUUGACACCGAGUCGCUGAACAUUCUCCGCGAGUACAUCAACGACAUUAUGAAGUGGAUGAUCAAGGAGCAGAAGCGCCUCUUUGUCAAGGAGUACGAGACGACGACUACCCAGUACCAGAACCUCUCGAGGACAUAGUUGCCCCGUUGUGUUAGAUUAUCGGGCUGGGCCGUCCAGCCAUUGAUGGGCCCCGAUGAAUGCCCAUGUCGACAGACCAGACAGUGUCGUAUGAAAUGGCGUUUACACACGAGGUGCGCGCCCAAUGGCGCUUGAGCACGCG